GCGUCAUCAUGUCGCCGUGUCUGCUUUUAUCGCUGGGGAAUUAAUUUGUUCAACAUUAUCAUACCUUAUCGAUACCUUUAUGUGUGAACUAUAAGUUUUGGAUAAUUUUCUAUUGAAGCCCUAAAAUGGAACUACUGAGGGCAAUGUCGAACACUCAAUUCCUCUUUCCCGCAGCUGCUGUGGCGGUUGUUUUAGUAUGUGCAGCAUUAGUAUUUAUCUUCGGGUUCCAUUCGGCGGAACAACCGCAAUUCGAUAAGCUGCCGCUUGUGGUGGACGAUAGGAAGUCGUCCAAGGCGAAGAGGAAAACGAAGGACAAGAAGUCUUCACCAAACCGCACAGCGACUGAGGAUGGAAAGACUAAGUCUGAAAACUCUAAAAAAUCUCCAACUAAGGAGAAAAGGGAGGAAAAAGUGAAAGAAGAAAAGAAGCCCAAGGAAAAGCAACUUCAAGCUGAACCCAAACUCGUGAAAAAGGAUACCACUACUGAGGUGAAGAAGGGUAAGAAGAGCAAGCUAGCUGCAGAGGCAGAGAAGCCCGCUGACUUUGAUGAAGGUAUAUGGGAGGAGGUGCCAAAGAAAGUGAAACCUAGUGAGAAGAAGAAGCCAGCUAAGCCCUCGGAAGAAGCUGCACCUAAGAAAGAGAGCCCUGCUAAGAAAAACAAAAAGAAUAACAAAACCAAGGAUGCUGAUGUGGAAGCCGCACGACCUUUUGAAGAGCCUGUGGAAGAGAGCAUUAAGGUUGUCAGUGUUGAGGGUCCUGGAGUCGAUGAGGAGGCCACUCGUGCUCUCCAAGCUCAAGUUGAGGAGGUGCAACGUGUGUUUAAGGAGAGGGAGCAGCGUGAAAUGGAAAAGCGCAUGAAGGAACAACAUGAUGUGGACCAGCGCGACUUGGACCAGAUUGUCUUGGACCAGUCGGCUGAUGAUAAAGUUGAUAAGGAAGAGGAGUUGUCUGUCGUUAAAGACCUAAGAAGCAACAAGAAGAAGGAAAACAAGGAGAAACAGAAGAAGAAAGCAAGUGAGGCUGUUGCUGCUAAGAACGCGCCCAAACUUGAUUCUGUGGAUAACAACUCUGAUUCAGACAAACAAGAUGAUAAGCCUGCGCCCGUCUUUGAUGAACUUGGAGAUACUUGGACAGACGCAAAAGCAUCGAAGAAGAGUAAGAAGAAGGCGCGCAAAGACCAGUGAGAGUAGUUACCGUCCGAGUGUGGUGCGGUUUUAUGCUAUGAGCCAUGUGUAAGUAGACGUCUUACCUUUAUUUUUCGUGUUCUUGGUGCAUAUCUAUUUGAAAAACAGGACAAUGCCGUUUCUAAAACAAUUAUUUUAUGUUAUAACUUUAUGACUGUCACGGCCAAGUUUUUAUAAAUUACGUAAACAGCUUAAAUAUUAAAAGUUUUAUUGCAGAUUCCUAUUUUGUAUACCUAGUUUUAAGUAUAAUAAUUCAUGUUAGAGUAGUGCUGAUGCAAGUGACAUCAUCAUGUAAAGAAUCGUUUUUUUGAAAUUCUUAAUGUCUCUGAAUGCAAAUAAUUUAUUGUAACUGUAAUGUAGUAUAAGAGUGAGAGUAUAUACAUGUUUAACAGGUCGCUAUUAGAUGAAAAACGUUGUAUUCGACAACGUUACGAUUACGAAUGGCAUUUCUUGAAAAUUUCGGGAUCAUAGGCUGUGUAAUAUUAUAAUGACUAACAGAAAAUCUACCGUCGUAACAAUAUCAUUUGUUUCAUGAACUGUAAAAGAUCUAUAAUCUUGUGAUUAUCCUCGAUUUGUAAUACAUGUUUAAUUAUACAUUUUUGACAUUUUCUUGUGAUACUGCUAUUAUAGUGCCAGGCGAUGGAAGGAUUUCGUAAUGUUUUAUUUACCGUAGUGUAACAUGGCGUUACUGUAAUUCCUUGUGGCACACCUUGGGUUUACCAUUUGUCGUUAGACAUAUUUCUUUAGAUAGUUGGAAUAUAUCCUAAGAGAUUUAUCAUAUUUUAUUUUCAGUUAUUUUUUGUUUACUACUUUUACGUUAUUUAAUAAUGGCAGUACUUAGGGCCUAGUAUCAUCUUGAGAACUCUCAGGAGUGAUUUAAAUUUGUAAUUAAAUAGUACAUUAGACUUUAAAAAUAUUUUCGGCUUAUUCAUUUAGGUCUUAGGAUGAGUACUGUAUGAAACCUGCAGGAUUAGCAUGACCACAAAGACAAAAUAUUUAUCUUCUCCAGAUUGUAAAUUUUCUUUCAAAGCGUUCGUCACACGAGCGCGAGUGCAUGCAGAAUUUUUUUUUCUACUCUAGAAAAUUAUGUGUACUUUUAUUUCAUGCUAAGCCUGCUGGCAACAUUUGCCAACGCAUAGAGACAUCGUAUCUUGAGAAUGUUAUUGUUUUAUAGGCUCUAAAAAUAUAAUGAAUGUGUAAUAUAAAUAUUUUUUUAAAAUCAAUAA